AUCAAGCUCUGAUCUGAUACUUAAGUUGCAUUUCUGGCUCUGUUCCAUGCUUCCUAUUGUGACCGCAGACCAGUGACGACAGCAUGCCCCUCCUCUCAAACCCCGAAGACGUCAUAGGACGGCGGUUCGACUUCAUCAUAGCUGGUGGUGGAACGGCUGGACUAGUAUUGGCGAACCGUCUCAGCGAAAACCCUGAUGUUUCCGUUAUAGUGCUAGAGGCGGGAAAUGCUCACGUCGACGACCCCAUCAUUCUUUCUCCCACUGGAUGGGUCCCCCAGUUAUUCAACUCCGAAUACGAGUGGGGUCUUCAAUCAACGCCGCAGCCGCACUCUCUAGAUCAGCGCUUGUUCGAGUUCCGCAGCGGCAAAGGGCUCGGCGGAUCUUCUUCCAUCAACUGUCUUGUCUAUCUCAAACCACAUCGCGCGGAUAUCGACGCUUUCGAGAAGUUGGGAAAUCCAGGAUGGAACUGGGAGAACUACCAGAAAUAUUCAAAGAAGGCCGAGAGUGUCCAUGCGCCCGUUCCGCCGGUCAGACAGUUCAGACCGACGUACAACCAUGACGAUGUGGGACACGAUGGACCGCUUCCGGUUUCUUUUUGUCCGAUUGCGUCAGGCGUUGAGUAUCCCCUUCAGAAGGGUCUCAGCGAACUAGGUAUAGAGACGAUUAGUACUGGGUUCGGAGGCGAGACUGCUGGUACUUACAAAGCCCUCGCUAGUCUGCACCCUGUGAAGAUGACACGCACCGACUCUGCCAAUGCAUAUCUUUUCCCGGUCAUCGAUCGUCCAAACCUGCAAGUGCUCACUGGUGCGCUUGUGACGAAAGUGGUCACCUCUGGGGAUGAAGCGACUGGCCUUACUGCGGAUGCCGUAGAGUUUGAGCAUGGCGGAAAGUUCUAUCAGGUGUUGUGUGCGAAGGAUGUCAUCUUAUCUGCAGGUGCAAUCAAGUCUCCCCAAAUCCUGGAACUUAGUGGUAUCGGCGAUCGUUCCAUCCUCGAACCACUCGGCAUCGAGACCAAACUUGAUCUUCCGACAAUUGGGACGAAUACCCAGGACCAUUUCACCUGUACUGGUCCAGCAUAUGAACUUCGAGAUGGCAACGACAUAAUUACGGGUGAGCUGAUCGCUGACCCGGACUUCAGAGGUAAUUUGAAGGAUCCCUACAAAGAGAUCGAGGGUCCGCUUCCCCUCGUCAUGUCCGGAUAUGCUUUCUUCCCUCUUCACAAAGCUGCAGCCAAUGCCCAAGAGCUAAUCGACAAGAUUAGUGCGAAGAUCAACGACGAGGCCUCCCCUUACAGCGCUGGUCUUCGUGAGGUCUACCACGUCCAGUUGGAACUUCUGAAGGAUGAGGAUGUGCCCGAUGUCGAGAUCAUGGUCGUUCCGUUCUCCGUUAUUCCCAUGGGACCUGCUGGACGAGCAUACGUCAAUGUGCCGCCUGUGCUAAGCCGCCCAUUCUCGAGGGGCACAGUGCACAUCAAUUCGGCCGACCCUCUUGCUCCUCCCGUCAUUGACCCUCAUAUCUUCGAAGAGGACAUUGAUAUGGAGAUCAUUACUGCGGGCUUCAAAGUGUCUCGUGCUGCCGCUCAAUUCUCGCCUUACAAGGACAUCAUUGCGAGGGAGGUAAAGCCCGGUCCAGAUGUGGUCACGGAUGACCAGAUCAAAGAACAUAUCAAGUCCCACGUUGGCACUGUCUGGCAUAUGGUGGGAUCGUGCUCUAUGUUGCCCAGAGACAAGGGUGGCGUUGUCGAUGCGAAGCUCAAGGUGUAUGGCACGAAUAAUAUUCGAGUUGUCGAUCUCUCCAUUCUUCCGAUUCUAGUGUCUACCCAUCCCCAAGCUACUGUUUAUGCUGUUGCCGAGCAAGCAGGUGAUAUCAUCAAAGCUGAUCACAUGUAACACUCGCUUCUUUGUCUUCAUAUACAGUAGCGUUCGUUCUUGGUGUAUGGUUCUCAAUGUACGUCGCUCACAUACUAAUUAUCAUCAAAUUACCGGGCUCUGGUCUUCAAUCGAUGUACAGCAGCCUGAGCUGCGUCGAACUCAGAUUAAUUUAAUAGUGACUUCAAUUACUAGCAUCGAGUUGGUGACGCGAGCAAUACAUGAACAAAAUCUUAACCUCG